UCAACAAGCACUCGCAGGAAGAGCACGGCGGCUGAAAGAAAAGCCUAGUUUAAGGACGCGCUGACAGGGACGCACCAACACUGGGAACCCGUUUAUUUAACUUUAUAUUGGACUUUGGACUGGCACACAAGCUUUUUGGAGACGUGUUUUCAAAUAGAGACGCUGAUUUGAAGGAGCUUAAACUGACGAAUGUUUUCUGCUGACAUUUGUUCACUAUCCAGAGUGAGUUUCUAAAAACAGCCGGGUAAGCUCCUAAUUAUUUUUUACGACUUUAUGUCUACAAAGAUGGAACAGCCUUUUUAUCAUGACGACUCUUUUCUGCCGGCUUAUGGCCACUCAGACUCAACAAUGCACGACUACAAAGUGCUAAAGCAGAAUAUGAAUUUGAACUUGACAGAGCCAUAUCGCAACCUGAAGUCUCAGCUGAGAAAUGAGGCGGACCCGUACCAUCCUCAGCACCACCACCAAGGGGCACAGCCUGAUUCUCUCAAGCUGGCAUCUCCAGAACUAGAGAGACUCAUCAUCCAAAACAGCAACGGGGUCAUCACCACUCCCACCCCGGGCCAGUACUUCUACAACCGGGGCAUUACGGACGAGCAGGAGGGCUUCGCGGAGGGAUUUGUCAAGGCAUUAGAUGAGCUGCACAAGAUGAACCAAAUGGCACCACCGAAUGUAUCUCUCGGUGCUGGCGGCGUCACAACGUGUUCUGCGGCGGCAUCUAGCGUCUUCGGCUCCACACUGCAGCCCGAGCCUCCCAUUUACACCACUCUGAACGCCUACUGCCCCAACACCAGCCUCUCUUCCGCUUCGAGCUGCUACCCCACCGCCACCAUUAGCUACCUGCCGCCUCAUCAGCAGCACGCAAACACGGCGCCUUUCCAGCCAGCUCUUCCCGGCUCCACCCUCCAUCCGCAGCGGCUCCUCACGCUCAAAGAGGAACCACAAACCGUCCCGGACCUCCUGAGCAGCGACGGCUCUCCACCAAUGUCCCCCAUCGAUCUGGAGACCCAGGAGCGGAUCAAAGCCGAGAGGAAGAGGCUGAGGAACCGACUGGCUGCUACUAAGUGUCGGCGACGCAAGCUCGAGCGCAUUGCCCGGCUGGAGGAAAAAGUAAAAGUGCUGAAAAGUGACAACGCGGGGCUGUCCAACACCGCGUCAGUGCUGCGGGACCAGGUGGCUCAGCUCAAACAGAAGGUCCUGACGCACGUAAGCAGUGGCUGUCAGCUCAUGCUCACCAGCAAAAUGGAGGCAUUUUAAACACGGACUACUGUUUCUAAUAAUAAGUAUAAGACUGAGAAGUAAUAACACUGGAGUCACGUUGUACCGGCUCGUGUUGUGGACUGUAUUUGGGGAAAUGGGACUUCCGGAUGCUGGACACCGCUUGAGGGACCAUUAAACCUGAAAAUACUAUGGCAGCAUCCAGACCUGGCACAAUUUAGUCUGGUUCAAUAAUGGUAUAACAUGAGAAUUCUUUGUACUUUUACAAAUGUUGUUGUCUUGCAAUGCUGCAUUUAUUCAAUGUGUAAAUUAUUUUGUUUGUCUGGUUGAUCCAGACAAACUAAUAACUAAUAAUGUUUACAAUGUAUUUUUUAUUUGUGAUGUGUAUUUAAGUAAAGUGUCUUUAAAUGAA